AUGGCCGGUGAAAAUGAGACUGAUCCAAACAACAGUCGUUCGUCCUCGACGGCGCGCUCUGUCCCUACACGACCGUCGCAACCAAAGGUCCAGCAACCAACGCCGCAAGUGCUUGCCAACAGGAGCGGGCCUUCAGCGAUUCUAGUCUCAACCAGACAGAAAGGGAACCCAAUCCUGAAUCAUGUCAAACUCAUGCCGUGGGAAUAUGCCGAUAUCCCAGCUGAUUACGUGCUUGGUAACACUACCUGCGCACUGUUUCUGUCACUGAAGUACCACCGACUACAUCCCGAAUACAUCUACUCUCGGAUCCGGCAGAUGGCAGGGAAAUAUCUCCUUCGAAUCCUGCUCAUUAUGGUCGACAUCCCCAACCACGAAGACAGUCUGAAGGAAUUGUCAAAGACAUCGCUCAUCAACAAUCUUACGCUGAUCUUGUGCUGGUCAGCCCCCGAAGCCGCUCACUAUCUAGAGUUGUACAAAUCCUCGGAAAACUCUCAACCAACGGCUAUCCGCACGCAGCAGGCGCAAUCAUACAAAGAGUCUUUGGUCGAGUUUGUCACCACACCCAGAACCGUGAACAAGUCCGACGCUGCCAGCCUGAUUUCGAAUUUCGGGAGCCUGCAAAACGCCAUCAACGCGCAACCGGAGCAGAUCGGUUCAGUGCCUGGCUGGGGUGAGAAGAAAGUGCGCCAGUGGUGCAAUGCCGUCCGGGAAGAUUUCAGAGUUGAAUCUGCCAAACGGGCAACGGCUCCCGCAGGGGACGUUUCACGCCCAGAGACCAGACGGCUCGAUCAAAGCGGUCUGACCAUGACUUCGGAAAGAUCAGAAGAGAAUCGUGCGCAAGUGGAGGGCGCCGUCGAAAACAACCGGGCUAACGAACCUGACCAGGGGGAAAUGAGCGAAGGAAUAAUGGCGGCACUGACAAAUCUUCGAGAAAGCGGUGGUUGA